AUGAUAUUGUUGCUUUUUGUGUGCUUCACUUUGUGGGUUAUCUGGUCCGUCUACAGCUGCUUUGCCUACCGCUACAGGACGGUUGCUGGGAAAACCGUCCUGAUCAUUGGUGGCUCCUCGCCGCUGGGGAGAUGUCUCGUCAUGCAGUUUCUUAAGCUUGACACCAAAGUUAUUGUGUGGGACGGGGACAAGGGGAGGUUGAAUAGGCUUGCACGUGAGUUUGCUCCUGCUGUCCCUACUCACGACGAGGAAGGGGCGUGCACUCCAAGCGAUGAUGCACUGAUGAACCCGACGGUGGGGGAGAUGGGCGCUGGUGAGCGGCUAUUGGUGAACGUUGUUGAUUUGGCGAGUCGCGUUCAACUGCAACGUGCGGCUAAGCGACUGGGGCCUGUUCAUAUCAUUGUUAAUGCCGCGGAACUGUGUGGUUCUAAGCCUUUUUUUGAUCGCAGUGAUGAAUCCAGUGAAAGAAUUUUGCUAAACAAUGUCCUUUGUUCCAUUGUUCUUGCCAGGGCCGUCUUGCCGGGCAUGCUGCGGCAGAAGGAUGGCCACUUUGUCACCAUAACAAAUGCGGCGGGGGUGAUGGGGGUCGCCAAGCACCCUGACUAUGCUGCCUCACAGUGGGCCUCCGUUGGGGUACACGAGAGCUUGCAAUUGCUGAUCAGAGAGAUGGGGGGACGUGGAAAGGUGCGCACGACGCUGUGUUGUCCGUGUAGUAGCUUUCGAGGCGCCGUAGCGGCGUCACGCUUAUCGACCGAUGGUGGUCAAUUGGUGGAAGACAAAGAGGCCCCGAAGUCCUCCACUGACAGCCUGCCCUCUUUUUUUUCGUUGUGGUCACGUCCUACCACUCCUGAGGAGGUGGCGCAGAGCUGCAUUUGGGCCGUUUGCCAUGGCGUGGAGCGGGUGUACGUGCCAGGCACGUUGGUGUUUUUGCCGUUGCUUCGCGUGCUCCCCGUGCCGUGGCUUAUGGCGAUGAUUUCUUCGCCGGCGCCCGGGAAUCCGCAGCCCAGCUGGUGA